UUUAGAGGGAGUGUAGAGGAACACAAGGAAACACUGAUCCAAAGGCUUUAACAGGUUAGUAAGAAAACUAUCAGAAACUUUAAAUAAACUUUUAAUACACAUUACGUCUUUGAAAAAAAAAAAAAAAAAAGGGAAGCAGUGCAGCUUGACUUCAAGUCAAAUAAAGAAGCUAAAAAAGCAGAAGGACACAUACAGAGCAUGCAAACAUGGACAAGAAGGAAGAAGACAUGAGCUAUGGAGAAGCCAUAAGCAAGGCAGCCAAUGCACUCUAUCGUUUUCCUCUGAUUGAGGUGCGAGGGGUGCCUCUCAUGAGCAUGAUCGCUGAAAACUGGAGCUCCAUCUGGGCUUUCUGUCCAGAUCCAUCCGACUUGCUCAUCGCUACCUACCCUAAAGCAGGUACCACAUGGGUCCAGGAAAUAGUGGAUCUGCUGCUGCAUAGCGGAGAUGCCGAGAUUUGCAAGAGAGCUCCAACUCCUAUACGGGUCCCAUUUCUGGAGAUCACUUCUCCUCCUCCAAUUCCAUCAGGGCUGGACCUAUUAAAAGCAAUGAAACCUCCCAGAUUCAUAAAGACGCAUUUACCCAUACAGCUGGUGCCUGAAGGAUUCUGGGAAAAUAAAUGCAAGAUUAUUUAUGUGGCUCGAAAUGCUAAAGACAACAUGGUCAGUUACUACCACUUUGACCAAAUGAAUCUGACUCAGCCAGAUCCAGGGCCAUGGGAAGAAUAUGUCCAAAAGUUCAUGAAGGGAACAUUGUCUUGGGGAUCUUGGUAUGACCAUGUGAAAGGAUACUGGAAAGAAAGAGAAAAAAGAAAUAUCCUUUAUCUUUUCUACGAGGACAUGAAGGAGAACCCUCAUCGAGAAAUACUAAAGAUCAUGCGAUACCUUGACCUAUCAUUAUCUGAUGACAUAAUUGACAAGAUUAUACACUUGACAUCCUUUCAAGUUAUGAAGGACAACCCAAUGGCAAACUACUCGACAAUACCAAAGGCAGUGUUCGACUUCUCCAUCUCUCCUUUCAUGAGAAAAGGGGAGGUUGGAGACUGGACCAAUUACUUCACACCCGCUCAAUCUCAGAUGUUUGAUGAGGACUACGCCAGACAAAUGGCUGGCGUGAACAUUCCCUUUCGCACCAGCAUAUGAAAAUCAUCUUCAAGAACCAGUGCUGAGAUAAACAUGUAUA